AUGGCCGGUAGCCAAGGCUUUGUUGGUUCAAAGAGAAGAAUGGGUAUAUUAUCUACUGAUCCUUCUCAAGAUGCAAACAAUUAUGAAGUUGUGGUCAUUUAUGGUGGCAUGAGAACAUUGACAUCCUUCAAAUCAGGGGAUGAAGCUUGGACUUUCUUGGAUUUGAAAGAAGAUUACUUAUUUUCUGAUGCUAUUUACUAUGAAGGUCGACUCCAUGGUGUCACUUUAGUAAAAUCACAAGAGGGACAUCUAUUAAUGGCCCAAAGGAUUUUGGAAGUAAACAAACAUGACCAGCUACAUUGUAAGACAGCAGAUUUCAAGGUUUUCAGGUUAUCAUAUUCAGAUGGGAUGACAAAACCAUUGUGGCUUGAAAUCAAGAGCUUGGAUGAGCAAGCGUUAUUCUUGGGGGACAAUGAUUCUUUAGUUGUUUUGGCUUCAAAUUUUUCUGGAUGCUCUCCGAAUUGUAUUCACUAUUCGGAUCAUUAUUUUGAAAUUGGCAAUUAUGUUCCUCAUUGUCCUGAUGAUGACACAGGUGUCUUCAACUUAACGGUGGGGAGCUUUGGGUCGCAUUACAUACCAGAUCCAGAGCACUUGACCAACAUUGAAGCAGCUGAGCAGCAAGAGCAUCAUCACGACUUUAAUGGGUUCUACAACAUUUGCAAAAAAAAAACUAGUGCCCACAAACCUAGUAGUGCAACGCCAAAAGACGAAGCUUCGAGAGGCGAAGUUUACCUGUCGCAUUGA